CACACACGCACGCACACGCACACGAACAGAAACACUUUGCUCGUGCGUUGCAGACAGGAUGACAGCACUUCAUCCCGGCUAUAAACGUCCUCGCCUGCAUGCUGCUCCCUCGUGCUUGCGGCGCCUAGUGGUAGACUCAGUGAAGUGCACCUGAACGUAGCAUCCUCUGCUGUCACUUUUAUCACAUUAAAGCGUCUGGUCCUAUUUUUUUUCUAAGCGCAUGAAGAUCACAUAUCAUUACGCGUUGUUAACAUGAGCAGGAAUACAUAUUUUAAUAAAUAGCAAAAGCGCAAUGAGUCGUUGCUGGAGAAUAUUGCUAAAAUCACAUUCAGCUGUGUGUGCUGCCUUGAACACACCCCGCUGAGUACCCCGAUAUUGUUCAAGGGGAAUAAUGGCUGCACAGGAGCCGUCUCCACCAUCUUCCCUGGAAGGCAACAAACCUGGCUUCCCAAAGAAAAUUCUGGCCAACAACCUCGAAGACAAGCAUUUGUGCAAUUCGUGCCAGAAAGUCCUGAGAAGGCCCCUGCAAGCCCAAUGUGGUCACCGCUUUUGUUCGUUCUGUUUCAACAAAAUAGUGAGUUCUGGGCCACAGAAAUGCAGCGCGUGCAUCAAGGAGGACUUGUUUGAAGAACCCACCUCCAUUCUCAAGCAGGGUGGUGCGUUUCCAGACAAUGCAGCCCGGAGAGAAGUGGAGGCCUUGGCAGCCGUCUGUCCCAAUGAAGGCUGCACAUGGACGGGGACUAUCAAAGAAUUUGAGGUCAGCCAUGAGGGCCACUGUGACUUCAUGAUCAUCCUGUGUCCUUCCUGUAAAGAGCUGAUGAGAGCCAACGAACAGGAACGGCACAAUGAGCGAGAAUGUCCAGAGAGGACACUCAACUGCAAAUACUGCAAAGAACCCUUUCUCUUAAAGAACAUCAAGGCUCAUGAUGAAAUCUGUCCAAAGUACCCGAUGAUUUGUGAAGGUUGUGCAAAGAAAAAGAUUCCCAGAGAAAAGUAUGUGGACCAUAUUAAGUUCUGCAGUAAAUUUAAAGCACCAUGCAGAUUUCAUGUUGUUGGCUGCGAUACGUCUGUGGAGAAAGAGAAGAUCCAUGACCAUGAGCGGCAGUGUUCGUACGAACACCUCAACCUGCUCCUGCAUUUCAUCAUGGGCAUCAAGGUGAGUCUGGAGAGCCUGCAACCCCAGAGCCUGGAGGUGGCCAGCCACAAGCUGCAGGAGCUCCACCAGUCCCUCAGGGACCUAGAGAUGAAGAUGAGCCAGCUGGGUGGGUGUGUGGCAGCUCCCGUGCAGGGUGCAUGUGCCCCAACCCUGACCACCUCCUUCACGCCGCUGCCCAGCGCCAUGGGCGCCGCCCUGGAACUGCAGCUCCAGAGCGAAAAGACCAAGGUGGCCGAGCUGAGCCGGCGCUGCCAGGAACUGGAGCUUAAAGUGAGCACAUUCGAGAACAUCGUCUGCGUCCUCAACCGAGAGAUGGAGCGCUCCUGCACCACCAUGGAGGCCUACAACCGCCAACAUAGACUGGACCAGGACAAGAUCGAGAUCCUCAACAACAAGGUUCGUCAGCUGGAGAGGACUGUGAGUCUGAGGGACCUGUCCAUCGUGGAGAUGGAAGGGAAAAUGAGGGAGAUGUCUGCAGCCACGUAUGACGGCAUCUUUGUCUGGAAGAUCUCUGAUUUCACCAAGAAGAGGCAGGACGCCGUGGCCGGCCGCGCCCCUGCUAUGUUCUCUCCUGCCUUUUAUACCAGUAAAUACGGCUACAAAAUGUGUUUGCGGAUCUACCUGAACGGUGACGGAACCGGACGAGGCACCCACUUAUCUCUGUUCUUUGUGGUGAUGAGAGGACACAGUGAUGCACUCCUCAAGUGGCCUUUUAAUCAGAAGGUCACCCUAAUGCUGCUCGACCAGAACAACAGGGAGCACAUAAUCGAUGCCUUCCGGCCCGACAUCUCCUCCUCAUCCUUCCAGAGGCCCGUCAGCGAUAUGAACAUCGCCAGUGGCUGCCCGCUCUUCUGUCCGCUCUCCAAGCUGGACUCUAAAAACUCCUACAUUCGUGACGACACCAUCUUCAUCAAGGCCAUUGUAGACCUCACCGGGCUCUAGGCAAAAGAUGAGGGCAUUAAUCCAACCCUGCCUUUUGUUGCUACUAACCUGUUUGAAUCAGCAGGCAUUUUUAUCACCAGUGACUGGCAUUUCUCUUUGGGGUCUGUCUAGUUCAUUUGGUAUUGGAUUGUUGGUGGCAAUAUGCAAGACCAGAGCGGGAAACUAACUUUUUUUGGCCACUAGCCACUGUGGCUGGUGGUCUUCCUUAGCCACUGUAACUAUUUUACCAAUCAAACACUUUUUAUUCAACAAAAAUAUUACCUACCAAAGUGACUGGGCGAGUGAACACAACACAUAUGCCAGUAUUUGUCUGGUGACAGUUGUUUAUUUGACCCUCACGCAGCAUUUCAGCUGAUAGACGCAUCCUAAAGGUGUGUUCAGACAGAACAUGAAGCAAAUUUUCACCUUGCCUCAUUUGCGCGUAUUUGACUGCUGGACCGUUUGUAUUUAUUUGCCAAAAUACAAACUGUACAUUAGCUGUAAACUAGCUAGCAACGGGCACACCGACCCGCUCUGUAAUUAUUUUGCUCAAGUUGAGACAUUAUCAACUAACACGGACGUGUAUUCACAUCUGGGCAAAUUUGCGUCCACUCAAGUCUUUCCAUUGAAUUUGUAUGCAAUCGCGCCGCCCUUAAAAUUCGCUUUGCAUUCUGUCUGAAAACACAGUAAGACCUACAUAGAAUAUUAUGCUAAGUAGACAACUAAGAUGACUGUAAUGUCUCUAAUCUCUAGUGAUCAUCAUAUGGCUUCUUGCACCAUAGAUGAGGCUUAUCAUGUUCAGUUUUUCACAAGAACUUAUUUUAAUCCCUAUUUUAUGUCCCCUCAUGUUCAAAGGUUGAUGUUUCCUGCUGCAAGUAAAUAUGGUCUUCUCAUAAAAAGGGCAGCUCAUAUGUUGAUUUAAGUAUUAGAGAGGGAGUACAAAAAUGGGGGGGGGGGCAGGGACACCAAUCAGCUGCUAGCUAUGGCCCAGAGUCCCUCAAAAAUAAUUAAAGCUGCAUCAAGUUUUUUAUUUGUCACUUGGGGGCAGAACAAGCUAAAAAUUACACGUUUGACAUACCAUGGCCUUGUACAGUUGCUCUGGCUCAUUUGUUAGCAAGCUAACACAUCCAGCAGAGCAGCAUUAGCAUUCAUUUGCAGUUGUGUUUCUGGUGACCAGAUAAAUGUAAGUACAAUAUUCACUCUCCUUUUUAGCUCUGUUUUGGUCUCCACCAACCCCUGAGAAAAAAUAUCAUCUGAUCAUAUUUAUCUGCUAAAUGCUCCGCUGUUUACCAGCUAGUGGCUAACUUUGCCUCUGCCGUUUAGUGCUGUGACAGGUAGUGUACAGCGGCUUUAUCAGAGCUUUUUCACUUGAAAUAGCUGUGAGCCGCUGCAAGAAAAAAACUGGUGAGAGACUGAACCAAAACGGUAAAAUUACAGGUUGUAAAACCAAAACGAUUAGCUAAACGAAGCUAAAACACACCGUAGAGCUGAGGGAAACUGAUAACUGUCUGUAGGUAUGUCACUAUGAGUGACUCAUUUCAUGUCACAUGUAGUCAUUUGCCCCAUUGUUAAUAUAAAAAAUAUUGAUAGUGCAGCUUUAAAAAAAAACAAACAAACGUCAAACUAAAGUGCUUGUGAUGCAAAUAGUAUUUUUGUUAUCGAUUUUCACCUGGGUUUUUGUAUUGUAUUUUUGUAUUUUUAAAGUUUGAAAUUUCAAACACCAAUAAAUUCCCAGAUUUUUCUUUUUGUUUUUGAAAAUAAAAAAAAAAACUGAAAAUUAUGAGCCUUAGACCAGUGACACCGUAGCGAUGUAGAUUUAAACAGACUACAAACACAGCGAUAGAUCAAGCAGGUCUAGGCGCUUGUGCUCACUGUUGGCUGUACUGCCUGACGUUGUGUUGACCAUUAAUGUUCUUUCAAUUGCAGUUUUUGCAUUUACAAAUGUGGAGUUCCAAUAACAGUGUGAUGCCCAUGUAGCCUUCACAAUAUCGCUCAGCUUUGCACACAGUUUGUAGUGCAGUAGGGAUUUUGAACUUGUUUACUCUUUCUUAACAUCUAUGCCUCCCAACUCUCAAGUCCUGUGUUCAUUGGUAAUCAUUUGUGGCGGUGGACAUUGCUUGAAUUCCAUGAAUUCUGAGUGCAGUAUUUAAGUUGUGAAUGUUGUUGUGCGUGUGUGUGCGUACUGUUCCAAUUCUUUGCUGUUAGUUGCAGUGUUUGUUUGCAUGUUGGAUCUGUGGAAGAUGCACCGUAGCUUGCAACUGUGGCUGUGUCCAGGAAACUAUAACAGCGAUGGUAGUCAAGCUGAUUUGCCCAAAUGGAAAUAUAACAUAUUUUAUUAGAAAUAAAGCAUAUAUUUGCAUACAAGUUCUUAUAGAUUCAAUAAAUAUCUUUUGAUAUUAGACUUUGGCUAUAUUUCAAUAUUUGCUGUCUGCAUAUAAAACAGUUCUUUGACCAUCUUACUAAGGAUAUUUUCAUUUUCAUUUUAGCAAUUUGUAAUAUUUUAUAACAUGCAUACGUACAAAUAUUGAAAUGUCCAAACUUGAAUAUUAAAUAUAUUUGUGCAGUGAUUUUGUACCUGGAUACCCACAUGAGAGGUAUAUCAAAAAAUAUGUCCACUGCAGUGUCCUCACAAAGUAUUUAAUUCCUGUUUUUAGCAAUGCUAACAGCGUAGCUCUAGGAUUGGUCGGUGAGCCGGUCCGCCACCUUUGUCCAGAAUGAAAUAUCUCAACAACUAUAAGAUGGAUUGCCAUGAAAUUUCGUACAGACAUUUAUGGUCCCCAGAAGAUGAAUCAUAAUGACUUUGGUGAUCUUCUGGAUUUUCCUCUGGUGCUGCCAGAUCAGAUCACUUUUUUUUUUUUUUUUUUUAGUGAAAUGUCUCAACAACUAUUGGAUGGUUUACAGUGAAAUUUGGCACAGACGUUCAUGUUCCCCUCAGGAGUAAUUGUAAUAACUUUGAUCUAGAUCUAAAAUGUCUGUGCAUCUAAUAUUUAGUUUUACAACUUCAUGCUUGUAAAACUUUUCCCAUUAGCCUCAGCUGUACUUUGUGUUACAGGACAAUUAGCAUGUUAGCAUGCUAACAUGCUAAACUAAGAUGACUAAAACUAAACAGAUUCUCCGUUCAACUUCAUCCUGAAGGUUUUCAGUAAAACUGAUAUGCAGGGUAUUUAUUUUUAUGUUAUAUAUAUAUUUAUUAUGAUCUGAUGGCCAUGAAUGGAAUAUCCUUUUCUUGAUCAUCAUGAAAAGGUCAACUGCCCCUAGCAGUAGCUAACACAGCUUCCGUGUUGACUUAAAAUAACGCUGGGUGAACAGAUGUGUACCUUUUAUUGAGGUUUGCAGUUGGAACACCGAUACCGAUGGAGAUUGGCAGGUUGAAGAAAGGGUCGGUAACCCACUCCUAUUUAGUAACACACAUCUUGCAACAACAUGCUGCUCACUUUGAUCGUCACUUUCUAUUAAUGAACAUAAACACGGCAAUUGCACGGCUAUAGUCUCCUAUUCAGUAAUGAGACAAAUAAAAAAAUAAUGCGAAAUAACGUUUACCUGGAUGUCACUCGAGUUCUAUAAGUAUGUGGUUAGGCCAUCGAUGCUCUUUAUCACAAGGUAAAUAAGAGAAAUUUCUUGGGAAUAUAUUUGAAACAUAAUAGAGCCUGAUGGUGUAUAAUACGUGCUUCUACAGUAGUGUUGCAGUAGUGUUAUCAAGUGACAUCCCUUGUUCGAUUGUACAUUAAAACCUACCAUCUACAGCGGGACUCCUGUUAACACCUGGUGUCAAGAAUAAAACCAGCUUUCCUCUGCUGUUCAGUGGGGAUCGGAGGGGCAAAGGGUCUGUAGUGACACUGCAACAAGUGGCAUGUUUUAUUGCUGUGGACUGAUUGGCUUCAGCAGUUGCUCCAUGUCGCAAUUGUGAGCCAGUUUGCCAGACCAGGGUGCAGUAUGCUUGAAACAACCUAGUUUGUAUGAGGUGUCACCCAACCAUGACAGUCUUCCUGGCUGCAUCCCGUUGCCUCUCUGAUCUCUCUCCACCAACUCUUAUUUGUUUCUUUGUAGGCUCGAUGAGAUGAAUCCUACAAAAGGGGAAAACAUAAUGUUGCACACUCUCCUCAAAGGCAUUCAUGGUCUUUCUCUUGGUUGUACACACGAAAAGUGACCUAAGUACUGUGUGAAGAAUGAAAAAGGAGAGCUUGAGGGAGCUUUCAGACCUCAGAUGCAGCUAAUUCCACCUUCAGAGAUUUUGUUUCGGGUGCUGUCAGACAAUCCGACAAGCACUUAGUUUUAAGUAUACCGAGGCCUUUAGACUCCUCACUAUGACUCAUGUUAUGGUUUUCAUUUCUUCAGGGGUUGUUUCUGUUGUGACAUGCACUGAUAUCUUUGGGGACGUAUACAGUCUGAUGUGUUUCUCUCUAAAUCUUGACCACAUGAGGAUUCCCUUCAAAUUGUAGCAACAUAUCAAAAAGACAUAGAGAGAGUGCUGGCUGCACCUCCACUGCAACAUUACUAAAUGCAGAAAACAUUGGGAUCGUUGAACACUUUGUGAAGACACCGAGUUAUAUUUCCAUAUGGGGUGUAGCCCUCAGACAUGUGGAGGCUGGAACUGAGACAGGAAGGCCUCUUGAUGACAGCAGAGCAGACAUAUUAGAUAUGGUUGAGGAAAUCGUUGAUGCUAUCGUUAUAUUUUCCUAUUUUUGGCUUUCCUUACAGCUUUGAACUGACCUACUUUUUACAGAAAAAGAAGUGCCUGUACCUUUUUUAUGUUUCAUGAGCCCACUGAGUUGUGGAUGUGCUUUCAUGUGAGUUUAAACUACCAAAAUGUGAAACUUUUGAUUUUGCGCAGUAUAUAUUUAAUUUCUUAUUGUUGUCAAUGAUGAAGCCCCCUCGCCUGGGCCCUUUGAUGUGAUGAAAUCUAAGUGACUAAGAAUGUUUCCAUUGUCCCUUUGCAGACAUAGAACGAAUGAAUGUUAUACAGUGUUUACUUUAACUAUACUGUAGAUUCAAUGAAGUCAAAAUAUCGGCCUUUUCAUCCAAACAUGUACAACAUGCUUUUAAACCUCUCAACAUAUAUACUGAAACCUCUCUGUGCAUGAGAUGGUUCAGUAGGAAAAAAUACAUAUAUCAAGCACUGGUUCAUGUUGUGGACCAGCAUUUUAUUUUUUUAUGAUUUCAUGAACUAUAUACUGUAUAUAUAUACAGCUUAGGAGCAUUACUGUGAGUGUGUGAUAUCAUUUUUGGUGAUGCUGAAGUUUGAUGAGGUGUGUGCCGCUGUGAGAAAGUUAAACAUAUCUAAAUAAUAUAUAGAUUGCAUUAAUUUCAAAAAAAAUAUACUGUACAGUAUGUUGAGACAGUUUAAAAGCAUGUUUGGUUUGUUUGGCUGAUUGUGACCAUCAGCAAGAGACAACAUGCAUCUGCAGUCUGACCUCGAGAGGCCGUUUCUGCAGAAAUGUUUGAUUAUCUUGACAUGAUAGAAACAUAUCUCUUCUUUUUUUCCUCUUUAGACUACGUUGUUAUCGUUGCACAUUAUGUAGACUACAUUUUGCAUGUAUGACCGCGGCCUCAAAUAAAUUAGCUGCUACAUUUGUUGGGCCCUAUGUGCUGAUUCUUGCUCGUAGAUGCAGCCUGGCAGUACUGUACGGAUGUUUCUCUUUGCUCUUUCUUGUAAAACGUGUUACUUGAUGUGGGCUGGGAUUUCAGAAUUAUUCAUAGCUGGUGAACAUAACAAAAGGGCUUCACAUUGCAUUUCCAUCUGCUAAAUGUCACAUACAGGCAUACAUACGCAUAUGUCUGUUUCCCCCGCUGUAGCUUGACCUGUUUAAUGGAUUGGACAGAACCUUCACAAGACUCCAGCUGAGGAACGAGAUCACAUUCGAGCUGGUUGAUGUUAUGCUGAAUCAGCGAUAUUGACUU